AUGAAACAACCGAAUAUCAAUCUUGCUGCAUGCAUACUGUGGUUGCUGUCAAUAAUAACCGCAGUUGCAGCUGAGACUGACGCUGAGAGGAAUACUGGCGUAUUUGCCCGGAAUUCAGCAGCGAGAAACAGAAGCCCCGGCAAUGAGCCGCCCGGUUAUGCAACCAGGUUCAAAGGUGUCACCUGGGAUGUUGCAAACUGGAGGCUGACGACCACAGAGCUUGACCAAGGCCACUACCAGUCCCGAGGAUCUGUUGCAAACGGAUACCUGGGUAUCAACGUUGCUGCUGUCGGGCCGUUCUUUGAGCUCGACAUCCCCGUAUCUGGCGAUGUGAUCAACGGGUGGCCGGUAUUUUCGCGCAGACAGACAUUUGCUACUAUCUCCGAUUUCUACAGCUUCCAGCGGAGUAUCAAUGCAACGAACUUCCCGUGGCUGGACAAGUAUGGAGGCGAUCUCAUCAGCGGUGUUCCGCACUGGUCUGGUUUGAUCUUAGACCUUGGUGAUGGCAACUUUCUCGACGCCACUGUCAAGAAUUCAACCAUCUCCAACUUCUCCUCCACGCUUGACAUGAAAGGAGGAAUUCUCACCUGGCAGUAUACCUGGAGUCCAGAGAAGCACAAUGGAACAUACGAUAUCUUCUACCAGCUGGUUGCUCAUAAACUCCAUGUCAACCAAGCCCUCGUGCGCUUGGAGAUCACUCCAUCCAGAGAUGGAAAUGUGAGCGUGGUCAACGUUAUCGACGGGUACUCUGCGGUUAGGACUGAUUUUAAAGGCUCAGGCCAAGAUGGAAGUGCCAUCUACACUUCUGUCAACCCUGAGGGCAUCAGCAAUGUCACUGCUUUCAUCUAUGCUGAACUGUCUGGUACUGAAGGCGUAGACUUAUCUUCGUCUUCACUGGUGGAUGAUAAGCCAUAUAUUCAUAUGAAUGGAUCUACAAUCGCCCAAAGUGUGAAUGUGAAACUGCGCGCAGGACAGACUACAAAGAUAGACAAGUUUGUCGGCGCUGCAUCUACGGACGGAUUCAAAAAUCCCCGACAGGCCGCCAAAGAAGCUUCGGCAAGGGCGCUGCGGACAGGCUACGAAGAGAGCCUGAAGUCCCACAUCGCUGAAUGGGCUACUGUCUUUCCCAGUGACUCUACAGAGGACUACACGAUACCCGGGAAGAAAUGGCUGCCACUCGACCACCAUAUCAUCGAGGCUUCCAUUGUGUCCGUGGUGAAUCCUUACUAUCUGCUGCAAUCAACUGUCAGCAACAAUGCUCUGGCCGCCGUAAAGAACGCGCCCCUUAACCGCGGUAGUAUCGCUGUCGGUGGACUGACUUCUGAUUCCUAUGGCGGGUUGGUGUUCUGGGAUGCGGAUAUAUGGAUGCAACCUGGUCUUGUGGUAGCUUUCCCCGAAGCAUCACAGAUAUUCUCCAACUAUCGAGUCGACAAGUACGGCCAGGCUUUGAGAAAUGCUCAGACACAGCAUCUCUCCUCCAAGAACGAUACCUAUUUCUCCCCAGAUGCUGCAGUAUAUCCCUGGACGAGCGGCAGAUUUGCCAACUGUACUGCUACAGGCCCGUGUUUUGACUACCAGUAUCAUUUGAACGGUGACAUUGGGAUGCAAAUUGUCAACAACUGGGUAACCACUGGCGACACUGAACACUUCAAGUCGAAGCUCUUCCCAGUGUACAACUCUAUUGCUACCUUCUUUUCCCAGCUGGUAGAGAAGAAUGGAACGAAAUGGACAGUAACCAACAUGACAGACCCGGACGAAUAUGCUAACUUGGUUGACGGGGGUGGGUAUACAAUGCCUCUGAUUGCAACCACCUUGAAAUACGCCAACCAGUUCCGGGAAAUGUUUGGCAUUGGAGCGAACCAGACCUGGAAUGAGAUAGCACAAAAUGUGCAAGUAUCUAGAGAUCAAGCUUCUCAAAUCACGUUGGAAUAUACGACUAUGAAUGGAAGCACGCAGGUGAAGCAGGCAGACAUCGUCCUAAACACCUUCCCACUGCACUAUACCGAGGACUACACACAUGAUAAUGCCCUCCGUGACCUAGACUAUUAUGCGGCAAAACAAUCACCAAACGGACCAGCAAUGACAUAUGCCAUCUUCUCCAUCGUUGCCAACGAGGUAUCUCCCUCGGGCUGCUCAGCGUAUACCUAUGGGCAAUAUUCGUUUAGCCCGUAUGUUCGAGCCCCCUUCUUCCAGUUCUCGGAGCAACUGAUGGAUGACUGGUCUAUCAACGGAGGAACCCACCCAGCGUAUCCAUUCCUUACAGGCAAUGGCGGAGCCAACCAGGUUGCGGUGUUUGGCUACCUGGGUCUACGCCUGAUACCCGACGGGAUACUGCACUUGAACCCUAACCUGCCUCCUCAAAUCCCCCAUUUACGGUAUAGAACAUUUUACUGGCACGGCUGGCCGCUUGAGGCCAGCGCCAACUACACGCAGACCACGAUCCAGCGAGCCACUAACCGACGACCGCUCACCAGUGCUGAUCCAAAGUACGCCAGUGCCCCUAUUACCGUGCAUGUCGGGCCAGCAAACAACAUUACGGUGUACUCGCUGCCUCCAAGCGGACAGCUGGUUAUUCCCAACCGCCAAAUUGGCUCCAUCAGCACUGUUCCAGGCAACCUCGUGCAGUGCCAGCCGGUCUUCUCCCCCAACGAGUUCGCUCCCGGACAAUUCCCCAUCUCGGCUGUCGAUGGGGCAGCCUCGACUAAGUGGCAGCCUCGACGUGCAAGCUCAACCUCGUCGCUAACAGUCACGUUACCGGACCAUGCUUCCUCUGCAACCAUUUCCGGCUUCGCGUUUGACUGGGCCCAGGCACCACCUGUCAGCGCGAAAGUUGUACUACACGACGAACCACUGCACCCGGUGACGGAUCCUGAGAAUGGCGACGCCAGUGGCUCUUCGCCCACCACGCCCGCCAGUUCUGUGACCGUGUGGGAAUCAGCCAAGGUUCCACUGUCCGAUCCGUAUGACCCGAUCAAGAUCGAUCUCAACAUGAUUAUGUCUUACAAGGGGAACACCACGAACGUGACGCUGCCGUCGACUGUGCCAGCCACGAAGUUUGCAACUCUUCUGAUCAGGGGCAACCAGGCCCUGGGUCCCGUGGAGGUCAGAGCCGGUAACGGAACCGGUGCAACAGUCGCAGAGUGGUCUAUCGUGCGGUCUUCUUGA